AUUCCCUUUGCUUCAUUCAAAAGUUAAAAUCUUUUCUCAGUUUUGAGCCUGCCCAUCAAAUUUCCACACGGUUUCCAACCGUUGAAAGACUAUUUUUACUGCCGCAAAGAUUUCUCCUUUCAUUCUGCACAAGAGACAAAUGAAUGGAAUAAUUGCUAGGUUGACAUGAUUAAAAAAAUUGGGUUUUGGGGUUGAUUUUUUAGAGUGAUAUAUGGUUUUGAAGAAGGGUAUUAUGAUGAUGGAUGACAGAGAAUUUAGAUGAAAAUUCUGUUCUGAAACCUGAAAGUGCUGUUGAGCCAAACUUGAGUUGAAAACAACAGCUUCAAUUGGAAAUGGAAGGGAGGGGGUUUUCUGGUUUAUAUAGAAACUCAAGUGAAGAAUUGUUCCUGAAGACAGUGAUGGAGAGCCCUAUUGGUAUGCCAGUUCCUUCAAUGGAGAUGCUGGGUUUCAAGAAUGUUUCUCAAGGCUUUCGCGCAGAUAGCGAGGAGCUUUUCAAACGCUGGCUAACAAAUGGAGAGGGAUACAAUUCAUCAAGCAUAGGGUUUAGCAGUCGAUUAUCAAAGAGGAUAUCCACUGAACUAGUUAAUGGAUCUAAUCAGCUACAAGUUGGUGUAGCCUCAGAUGGAAGAAACAAUGACAAACCAUUCAUACAAAAUAACCUUUUGGCAAAUGAUGUUUCAGGUGAUUUCAAUUUUCCAAUCAGAGAUCCUGUUGAUAGAGAACUGCAACCUAGUAACUUGUUUCUAGCCAAGGCCUGGUUUCUCAGUGAUCAACGAAUGACAAGAAGCCGGUCCUCUGAAUUGCGGCGGCGAUAUUCUGAAAUGCAAAAUGGUCUAGCCACACAAGGAAUAGAAUCCAUUUGCAUGGAUCCUCAGCAUGGUGCUGAGGCAACAAAACAAGAAGUUGCAAAUUUCAAUGGUUACAAUUAUCUCUCUAUGUGUGAGCUUCCAAGUCAAAAGGGUUCAUUCAUGUCUCCGUCCAACUCAUGUUCAUCUAACUUCAACACACCUCAAUUUGGCGACAUGGAUAAAGUUUCAUCUUGUGUAAGUAUGCUGAAAGGGACAUUACAACGCCGGAGACUCAGCAGUCAACUUGAGAAAGAAGCUGCAGAAGAUGACUUAAAUGGAAUUUUUUAUCCUCAAGAACCUCUUUUCCAAACUGGCUUUGAUCAAGGACAAGAAAACUGGAGUAAUCAAACGCCAGUAAAUGUUCAAGUAGACUCUAUUGGUGAAGUUAAGGAUCAUGGAGUCCUGCAAACACUAGAAGGAUCCACAAACCCUGUCGUUGAUGGUUUUGCAAAUCAGAUAAACCAAAUCUAUGUCGGAACAGCUUCUGGAGAACCUUCUCAAAGUGAAUCCUCUAAUGCUGCACCAGUAAUCUCCUCUGGUUUAGACACAUGCGAAGGUCCCAUAAACUCGAAUCAAACUCUCUGCGAAAGCUCAUGGAAACAAGUAGGAGUGAGUAAAAGUUCAGAAAAUACUCAAAAUAGAGUCAAAGGUUUCAGAGAACAGAUCAUGGAUAAUCUGAAAGAUGAUAAGAAGAGAAAAAGUCUAGAAAGAUAUGGAUCUAUAACAUCAGCUGUUUCAGAUGACAAGGGAGACACCACUAAAAAGCGUAGGGUGGAACGCUCAAGGAAAAUGGCUGAAGCUAAGGAAAGAAAUUCGACACCAUCAGUUCCCUCAGAUAUGCAAGCUGUCUUGAAGCGGUGCGAAAACCUUGAGAAGGAAGUUCGAUCGCUAAAACUCAACUUGUCCUUCAUGAAUAGAAAGGAUUCUGAACAAACAAAGCAGAUAGAAGACCUUCAGAAGCAGAAUGAAGAGCUGGCAGAUGAAAAAGAGCGCCUCCUCGAAGAGAUUGAAAGAAUUCUAUCAGAAACUGAAAAAAUGUAAUGAUAUGAGAAUCAAUGUUGUGCUCAAACACGCUAUGACAAGAAAAUCUCACCACAAUCAACUUAUGGUGUAAGAAUCUGGAGUCUCUUGGCCUAGCAUAAAUUGCAAGGAACCUCUAUCUAGUAAAAUUUUAUUUGUGAUUUGAGAAUCACAGACCAGGGUUCUGUAUGUUAAUUUUGAAAACGGUCAACAUCAUUAGUCUGGAUAAAUGUCCAAAUUCUAUUAAACUAACUUUUAAGUAUAUUAUCAUAUAUAACAACUUGACAAGUGUUUGGCCUUUUGAUUUCA